GGUUUUCAGUAACUGAUUAAAACAUAUGACGCGCGUUCAAUGAACGCUGAAAGAGCGAGUUUAUAAAUAGAUUAAAGACUGAGAGACGCUCCACAGUUGUCCAGCAGCCGCAGCCGCCGCAUCCGUUCGUUUGACCUAUUUGAACUAAAUUGAAUGUAUUUGGCAUGACGUGGAGAUGCGUCUAGAAUUUGGAGUGCUCCUAAUAUGCGCCCUGGGCGCCGGCUGGACAUUGGGUUUGGAGUAUGAGCAGCCAACGGUGCUCAUAACGCUGCUCGUGCGCAACAAGGCGCACAUAUUGCCCAUGUUCCUGAGCUAUGUGGAGCAGCUGGAUUAUCCCAAGCAGCGCAUAGCCUUUUGGCUACGCUGUGAUCACAGCAGCGAUAAUAGCAUACAACUGCUACAGCAGUGGCUAGAACAUUCCGGCGAUUUUUAUCACAGCAUCAACUAUGCCUUCAACGACGAAACGACGCGUUAUCAGAACGAAAGCUCUGCUUACGACUGGCCGGUGUCGCGUUUCAAGCAUGUGAUUGCCCUGAAAGAGGAGGCGCUGCAAUAUGCGCGCGAUAUUUGGGCUGAUUUCAUAUUCUUCUUGGAUGCCGAUGUGCUGCUGACAGCGCCGCAGACCCUAAAAGUGCUCACGGCCUUGCAGCUGCCCAUUGUGGCGCCCAUGCUGCAGUCGGAGAGUCUCUACUCGAAUUUCUGGUGCGGCAUGACCGAAGAGUAUUACUAUCAGCGUACCGACGAGUAUAAAGAGAUCUAUCAUGGCGAUAAGGUCGGCGUCUUUGCUGUGCCCAUGGUGCACACAGCUGUGCUGGUGGACAUGAACUAUGCGGGCGCACGUUAUCUGACCUUUGACCGCCAGCGGCUGGUGCAGAUGCAGCAAAGAUCCACACAGCAAGUGGCGCUAUACAAUGGACCCGUGGACGACAUCAUUGUGUUUGCCAUGUCCGCCAACCAUUCGGGCGUGCCGCUGCAUAUAUGCAAUAAGUUGCCCUUUGGCUAUAUGAUGCAGCCCCUGGAAACCUCGGACACACUGCAGCAGGAUUUGCAGCAGUUGAACAAUUUAAGGGUCAACAUGGUGUACGAUUUGGGCGCUGUGCCGCCCGUGCAGCCGUACCUGCAACGCCAUUUACAGUUGCCAGAGAAAACAAAACUCAAUUUGGAUAACAUAUUCAUGAUUAAUCUGCAAAGACGGCCGGAAAGGCGUCGGAAAAUGGAGCAACUGUUCGUUGAACUGGGUCUGCAAGUGGAACACUUUGCAGCCGUCGAUGGCAAGCAGCUAAAUGCACAGCUUGUGCAGGAAAUGGGCAUUAGUUUUUUGCCCGGCUAUGAGGAUCCAUAUCACCAUCGUCCCAUGACCAUGGGCGAAAUUGGUUGCUUUCUCAGUCACUAUCGCAUUUGGCAGCAGAUUGUGCAGCGGCAGCUGCGCCAGGUGCUCAUCCUGGAGGAUGACAUACGCUUUGAGCCGUAUUUCACGGGGAGUGCACAGCGCGUGCUGCAACAAGCCAGCAAAUUUGACUAUGACCUCAUCUACUUUGGGCGAAAGCGUUUGAAGGAUGAAAGCGAGCCUUGGGUCGAGGGCACCGAUAGUCUCGUUCAUGUCGGCUACUCCUACUGGACGCUGGCCUAUGUCAUUACGCUGCGUGGCGCUGAAAAGCUGCUGGCGGUUAAACCCCUAGAGAAACUCAUACCGGUCGAUGAGUUUUUGCCCGUCAUGUUUGGCCGGCAUCCGCAGAAAAAUCUGAGCGAAGCUUUCGAGCCGCGCAAUCUGAUUGCAUUUAGCGCCGCGCCCAUGUUACUCUAUCCCGUACACUAUACGGGCGAGGCGGGCUAUAUAUCCGAUACGGAGGACUCUCAGCAAGUCGUCGAAGUAGUCAAACAGACAUCAACAUCCGGCGAGGCGCAGCUAAAAAGCAAUCGCCAGCAAGUCUUUCCCAAAGAGGACAUUAACAAUCUGCUCGAACAGGACCUAAAGCUUGGUGAGAGCAGCCAUGGCAACAAUUUGCCACAGGUGAGCGUGAGCAAAAGCCACCAGGAGCUCUAAAAGCAUUUUUCAAAUAGAAUUUCUACAAUGCCAAAUUCCUAGAAUUAAUGUAACUUAAUUUUAAGCAUAGUCUGUACCAAAUGUGCCUUGUAACGUUAAGGCCUAAAUUCACUUGAUAAAUGUUUAAAUGUUCCAUUUAAAACCAAAAUCAGCUGCGAAAAUUUUACGCUCUGCUGUUUGUAAUUUGAUUUCCACUUCAAUAUUCCAUAUAUAAAAAAUUCCUUGCUUUUAAAUGAAGAGCUGAUUUAUUAUAUAAUAAUUAUUGUCUUAAUAACACACCCUUUGCAGAAGCUGUU